AAAAAAAAAAAAAGUCUCAUAAAUUAUAAUGGAUGAUUUCACAUCAGGCUUGCAAAGUUUUAAACAAUCAUUUUCUUUCUUGGAUAUUGAUCCUACCAUGGAAUCAGUUAACCAGUUUGCUAAGCGAAAUUCAAGUGUCAUUGACAAUUCAGUCUUGAAUUACCAAAGCUUGCCUUUCUCAAAUGACAACUUCUUCAGCAAUCAAGCAUCGUCAAUUCCAGGCAACUGGGGAGAAAACUUGCCAGGUUUUGUCCAUCAUAGCAACCACAGUUCAGUGUCAGUUGCUCAGCCCAUUGUCACAGCUAAAACUGAAUUCCAGGAAAGCAAGAAGAGAAAAGCAUUGGGUGUAUCAGAAAGUAGUUCUGGGAACUCAUCAUCUCCUCAGGUUUCUGAAAGUGAAAUCAAGGGAAGAAGUAAUUCAGGAAGAGGGAAAAGAGCAAAAUGUAAUAAGAAGGAAAAGGAGAAACCAAAAGAAGUGGUUCAUGUCAGAGCUAGAAGAGGUCAAGCUACUGAUAGUCACAGUUUGGCAGAAAGGGUUAGAAGAGGGAAAAUAAAUGAGAGACUAAGAUGCUUGCAAGAUAUUGUUCCGGGGUGCUACAAGACCAUGGGCAUGGCAGUAACGUUAGAUGAAAUAAUCAACUAUGUACAGUCCUUGCAGAAUCAGGUUGAGUUUCUUUCAAUGAAGCUGACGGCAGCAAGCACAUAUUGUGACUUCAACUCAGAGUCAGAUGCCAUGGAAAAAAUGCAGAGGGAAAAAGCAGAGGAGACAAAAGAGUUGGAAAGAUUGAUGAGACAAGGAUAUGUUGGAGGGCUAACUUGCUUCCACUCAUCAUCAUCAACAUGGCCCUCUUUGACUUGAGUUCUAGAUGGUUGCACCUAAAUGCCUUACAACGCAUGAUAAAGAUGCUCUAUUUUUCAACACUUUUCAUGUUUAUAAAGUAUCAGAAAUGUACCCCACUACUUCAUGCUGUACCAAGCAAUAGUGAAACUUUAUACUUGCAGUCACAAAGCAUCAAUGGAAUUCUAUUCAAUAUUACAUUUUUUUCUUCUGCGAAUUUCUUCAUGUGUCUUUGGUCAAUUUCCUAUGGUUUAAGCUCACAAAGAUCAAAACAUGACUGCUAAAUCCGGCAAUUUUUCUCAGUGGAGCAAUAUCAUGCAAAACUUAAUUAUACAUUAGUUGAUGUGAU